AUGUCUGGAGAAUCAACUAGAUCUCUAAAGGCUAGGCGCUCACAUUCUCUUGGUGGGCAGAUCAGACCGCAAAGAUUAGAACACGAUAAAGAUGAAGAUGUUGAUGAAGGAAUGGAUAUUGAUGAGAAGACUAGAUUGCCGCCACAAUCGUCUGCAAACCGCUUUAUGAGUCUCUUUCGUUUUACCAGUCAAAAUGGACAUCAAGGCAUUCCUCGAGAGAGUAGUAGCGAAGGAGAUAUACGUUCCAUUGGCACCAACGACAAUAGUAUCUCUGAAGAUGCAAAGAAAGAUAAAAUAAGAGAUGAAAUAACUAAGCUGGAAGCGGAAAUACAAAGUUUACAUCAAACGAUCGCUCGAAAAGAAGAGUUAUUAACAAAUCUUCGGAAGGAACUAGGAGUUACUACAAAUUCGCCCUUUACCCAGUUUAAAGAGAAAUUCCAAAUGACGUUCAAUCUGAAGAAGUCCGGGAAUCCUGAGCCUAUGCAAUCACCGCAAGAUGAAAAUAUUACGAUGAAAGAUCGCUUCAAGGAAGGUUCAGAAAAUACGAUGAAAGUGAUCGAAGAGAAAUUUCAGUCUGCCGGUUCUGCUUUAAAAAGAUCAAUCUGGAGGAGAUCCUUGAGAGCGACUACUGGAACCUAG